GGACAAAAUCGACAUUCGAACUUCUCAAAUUUCACAAGAUCUGGGGUCUGAACGGAACGAGAUGGUACACUAACGGCAACUGCGAAGCGAGAAACUAGUGGCUCAAAAUGGAAUUGCAGUUCUAUCAGAGUCAGGCCUAAGCGUUGGAGGGAGGAAGUGAAGCGAUGGCGGCCUCUGCUGUUACAACUCUUCGACUCUCCUUGCCUUUACCACUGAGCAAGACCAAUUCCGCGGUUGCUACGAAUCUCGUCUUCCCAGUCUACUCCUCGUUUGGUCGUAGGGAUACGAAUGGUUUGAGAGCUGCAACUAUUGCUCAUGCUGCGAUUUCGAGAAGCUCCGAAUCUGCAUUUGACCCCGAGCUUCGAUCAGUGCUCGAAUUGGCUACUGACUCGGAGUUGUACGAGCUUGAACGUAUCCUUUACGGUCGCAGCUAUUUUAGUCCUUUACUGAAGUCGAUAGCAAGUGGAGUUAAUGUGGACCAUGUGAUGAUCGAGGAAGACCUUGAUGAGCGAGAAACUUAUAUUGCAGCUCUUGAGUCACGAUUCUUCUUCCUUGCAGCUGAUGCACGGUCUACAUUGAGGGGUUGGAGACCUUCUUAUAGAGAUGUUUUGCUUGCUGUUCGGAAAGAAUUAAACGUUCCCUGCUCAAGCAAAUUGUCAACUGAAGACUUAGAAGCUGAAGUUUUUCUUCAUCUAGUUCAUGAGUACUCAAGGUACAAUCAUAUGCUCAUAUGCACACAUAAAAUGCAUCUCUCUUUCCAGGUAAUGGUGCAACUAGAUGUUGUCAUCAUGCUUGGUCUUUUACUUAAAAGUUCCAGUGAAGAAUCAGGUUCUUUUCCAAGCUUAUGGAAAUCAUCUGAAGAGUCUGGUGGUCAAGGUGGUUUAGAGCUUGGACUUAAUCAGUGGAAGGUGCAAGCCGCUUCUCCUCUGAAAGCUGGGGCAGCAGAGCUCCGAUCAUUGAUUUUGAAGGGUGGUAGUAUGUUUACUUUGGCAAAAAUCUAUCAAUUGUUAGCGAGGAGACUGUCUGCGAAGGUUUUCCUUGAAGCUGCAAAUUAUCUCAUAAAGAAGGAUGUUAUCAGAAAGGGUGGACAAUUAGCUGCAAUUAAUUUGGAGUCUAGGGCAGCUUUACUUGCAGCAAAGCAGGGUUUUGCAGGUGCUGCGUCAAGAUAUUUGGGUUUCAGGAGCAUGAUGACAAUAUUUGGCCCCGUGUUGUGGGGAACAUUACUGGCAGAUGUCGUCAUACAAAUGCUUGGGACUGAUUAUGCUCGAAUUUUGCGAGCAAUUUAUGCAUUUGCCCAGAUCCGUGUCACACGCACAUAUAGGUUACCAUCUGAUAAUGACUGAGACUUCAUUCAGCCUUUUGGGAGGUCACAUCCUGAACUAUCUAAUAUGCUGGAAUGGGAGGUUUCUUAGAUUUUUGAGGCGUAGUGACAUAGAAGGUUUGCCCAAGAUUUGCUCAGCAUAAGAAGCGUAGUUUUGUACAUGGCUUCGUUUUCCUUUUCUCGCUUGUCAAUUGUGCUCUGCUUCACAGAAAUCACAAUCUACUGCUGUGGUCAUUCAACCAUGAUCACAAAUGAGCCUUAGAAGUCUAAAUUAAGCUUCUCUCUACUACAUUAAGUGCCUGAAUUUGUCUCACAUAUGAUAAACUGGGUCUUUUGCAUAGAACAUACUUAUGUAUAGUGCUGUUUUGAAUCAGUUGAGCUUUAUCUAUUUCAAUUUGGGACCUUGAA